AAAUUACUGCCGCAACUGCACCUCACGCCCGACCUCCCUCUACUGUGCCCCGUCCCUCUACGCCGCCCGCCGCUGGCCACUGCCCCUCGCCGCCCUCGCUCUGAUUGGCUGCGCGGCAAGCCGGCAGCGCCGCUCGCGGUCUUGCCCCUCUCCCAGCGCGGCAGCCGGCAGCCCGCCGCGCCUCACGCCCCCCUUUUUUUUUGUGGAUUUCGGGUAGUGAUUCUCAUUACCCGAAUUUUUAACUACCCGUAUUACCCGACCAGAUUUUCCCGAAUUAUUCGGAUACCCAGGCUUUGCUAUGUGCUAACCCUAACUUGCAAGGGCCUGCAGGUAGUUCCAAUGCCGGUUGCUAUGGCCGGCGGCUCAAGCGGCGGCGGAGGCGGUCAAGUCCUUGAUUGCCGCAGUUUCUGGAAGGCCGGCGCGUACGAGGCCCCCGCCGCCCCCACCCAUGAGUUCCAAGAUGCCCUAGAGACAGGGGACUUCGACCGCGCUCGUGUGCACCCUAAGUUCCUCCACACCAACGCGACUUCUCACAAGUGGGCUUUCGGAGCUAUAGCUGAACUUCUUGACAAUGCGGUGGAUGAGAUAAACAAUGGUGCCACAUUCAUAAAAGUGGAUAAAAGCAUCAAUUUGAAAGACAAUAGCCCAAUGCUACUUUUCCAAGAUGAUGGAGGAGGUAUGGAUCCUGAAGGUGUUCGUCGAUGCAUGAGUUUAGGAUUCUCAACCAAGAAAUCUAAGAACCUUAUUGGCCAGUAUGGAAAUGGCUUUAAGACAAGCACAAUGAGACUUGGUGCUGACGCGAUUGUUUUUACUCGUGCAAUCCGUGGAAGUUUGUUCUCCUGCAGUAAUGUUACAUUGAGUAUAGGUUUGCUCUCCUACACUUUUUUGAGGAGAACAAUGAAGGAUGACAUAGUUGUCCCAAUGCUCGAUUUUAAAAUCCAGGACGGGGACAUUGUACCUUUGGUGUAUGGUUCACAGGGUGAUUGGGAUAGUAGCUUGAAGAUAAUACUUGAUUGGUCUCCUUUUUCUUCAAAGGAAGAACUUUUGCAGCAGUUUCAGGAUGUUGGUAGCCAUGGAACUAAAGUGGUAGUGUAUAAUUUGUGGAUGAAUGAUGAUGGCCUUUUGGAACUUGACUUCGAGGAUGACGAUGAGGACAUAUUGCUUAGAGAUCAAGGAAGUGGGGGAGCCACAAAGGGCCAGAAAGAAAUUGUUCAGCAACAUAUAUCCCACAGACUCAGAUUUUCAUUGCGAGCAUAUACCUCCAUCCUUUACCUCAAGAAGUUUGAUAAUUUCCGAAUUAUAUUAAGAGGAAAAGCUGUUGAACAGAUAUGCAUCACUGAUGAAUUGAAGUUUAAGAAAGUUGUCACUUACAAACCUCAAGCUGCACAUGAUUCCCAAGUGGUCCCAGUGAAAGUUGAUGUUGGCUUUGCAAAGGAGGCCCCUAUUCUGGGCAUUUUUGGGAUGAAUGUCUACCACAAAAAUCGUCUUAUAAUGCCCUUCUGGAAGGUCCUUCAGGAGGGAUCUAGUAGAGGGAGAAGUGUAGUUGGUGUACUUGAGGCAAAUUUUAUUGAGCCGGCACACGACAAACAAGAUUUUGAGAGGACUCCACUAUUUAUUCGGCUAGAAGCAAAACUUAGACAAAUUAUUGUUGAUUUCUGGAAAGAAAAGUGUCAUCUGAUUGGUUAUCAGCCAACUGAUCCACAUUUAAGAUCCCAGUAUAAGGCCACCCUCAAAGAUUCAGGUGGUCCAGCUCAGGUUCACCAUAAAGCUUCCAGUGCCCGGAGAACUAGAGGGCUGUCGUCAAAUUUGCUACCAGAGACAUAUGACGACAUAGCAGUUGUUGGGUUGGCAAACAAUGGUUCUCAUUUGCAGUCAUCUGGCCAAGCGGAAGAAAACAAUAUGGAGUUAGAAGGCUUGGAUGAGGAUCUGGUAGAGUUUGGCUCUGGCGUUCUCGAUUCCAAUUUUAUUGAGAAGCUGAGUGAAGAAAACAUUGCGUUGUUUUCAAGGCGUGAAGAGCUUCGACAACGAGAUACACAGUUGAAGCGGAAGAUUGGGGACCUGGUGCAUGAACUGGAGGAAACAAAAAGGAAGUGCGAUCAGCUUGCUACUGAGCUGAAGGUGCGAAAGAAUAAGCAGAAUCUUCCUUCCAUGUGAAGGGCAGCAAGACCCUUCGCACCUGCAGCGAGCCACAAUUGCCGUUCAUCCUUAAAUUCUUGGAGUGCAUGCUGCAGAUUGGGAGCAGACCCAUCAAAAACACAGGUGUUCCGAUGCUUUCAUAGGAUCCAUGCUCCAAGAGUAAUUAGAGAAUUGAACCCCUUUUUGUGCUGUUUAGGAAUUUUCCUCCAAGAUUUCUUCCACCAAUCAGCCAACGAAAUGCUUCUUCGGCGAGGUACCAAAUUUGUUAGACCCAAGAGCUGCAAAAUGUAAAACCAGAAUUGUCUAGCGAACACGCAUGAAGUGAGGAGGUGCUGAACUGUUUCAUCCUCCUGAUCGCAAAGUGGGCAGUGGGCAGGGUGAGGUAAUCCUCUUUUUUGUAACCUAUCUGCUGUCCAACAGCGGUUCUGGAUAGCCAGCCAAAUAAAGAUUUUGCAUUUGCUCGGUGCCCAAGAUUUCUCUGUUAGCACUCUGAAAUAUAAAUAAUUCAUCUUGUUUGAUUUGUGGCA